CCCGCCUUGCAGGACAGUCUCAGCCGAGCCCGCUGGGACCCGGUGUGGAGGCACCGAGAUGCCGCUGUGGCUCUGUCUGCUCCUGGCUGCCGCGCAGCCGGCAGCUCUCCGCAGCAGCAUGGUGCACCAGCAGACCCCUUCAUCCAAAGUGGCUCAGAACAACACAAAGGUGGACAUAGUCUGUGAAGUCAAAACCCCCCCUCCUAACAUGCGCAUCUACUGGCUGAGACAGCUCCAGACCCCAAGCAUGAACAGUCAUUACGAGUUCCUAGCCUUUUGGGAUCCUGCAAAUCAGCUUGUGUAUGGCAACAAUGUGGGGCCGGAGGAGCUAACUGUGAAACAGACGUCAACCCAGGCCGUUCUCAGUCUCAACAGCGUGAAGCCUGAAGACAGCGGUGUCUACUUCUGCAUGACCGUCGGGAGCCCGGAGCUGACCUUUGGGAAGGGAACUCAGCUGACUGUGGUUGAUGUCCUUCCCACCACUGCCCAGCCCACCAAAAAGACCACCACUAAGAAGAGAAGGUGCCGACCCUUCCCGAGCCCAGUGACUCCGAAGGGCCCGUCGUGUGGCCCCCUGACCCUGGGCCUGCUGGUGACUGGCGCCGUGAUUCUGCUGGUGUCCUUGGCUGUGUCCAUUCACCUGUACUGCCUGCGGAGGAGAGCGCGGCUUCGCUUCAUGAAAAAGUUCUAUAAAUGAGCAGAGAAUGCGCUUUGGGUGUCCUGCUACAACAACACGUUGGUCAGAAUGAACGAGAUCUGGAAAAACGAGAGACGAGGGACACGCUGAGUGAAAAUCUCACUGACCCGCUGAAGCUGCCUGCUUUAACUCUGCACGUUCUUUCUGUGGGCCUUGUGCGUGGGGACAGCCUGUUAGUUGGGCAUCUGGAGUCUUAGAGAGAAGGCUCCAGAGCCCCGGACACUUCCUGCACCUCGGGCACACUGAGCACUGAGUAAGAAAUGCCACCCAUGGCGCCACUUCCUGCUCCUGCACUCGCCCUGGGCUGGGCUGGGAUCUCUGGGGUUGGCCGUCCAGCCACUGUCCGCAAGCUGUUUUGCCCUGGUUGGGCAGUGACACUGAGACCUGAGUCAUAGCAUAGCGCUGGGCUGGCUUCCCCUUAUUCUUUCCAGGCCAGGGCUGACUGUCCUCACAGAGAGCCCAGGGGUCAGAUGCAGCUUGAAAAGGAAGCCUCCAGGAGGGGCUGAGCUGGCCCCUCACAGUCUGGUCCAUCUCUGAGGACCACCUCUGGGGCCAGGAACUUGUGGUUUUGGGUGUAAGAGAUCACUUCAACUCCCAGUGGGAACUUCUUGGUCCUUGGUCCUCAUUUUGGCCUUCUAAUGGCUUGUAUAUUUCUUCUUUCACUUUCUGUUCUCUUUUUAUAAAAAUGUCUUGGUUGUAAAAAUAAAGUCCUGAGUAAAAAA